AUGCAGUUCCAGUCUCCCAUGCCUGGUAGAGAUUAUCUUUGGAGCAUCUUCGUAAGUGUUGACAAAGACAGAAGCGGCUACAUAUCAGCUGAUGAGUUGCAACAAGCGCUUUCAAAUGGAACAUGGAAUCCUUUUAAUCCAGAAACGGUCCGACUUAUGAUAGGUAUGUUUGACAAGGAAAAUAGGGGUGUAAUAUCUUUCAAUGACUUUGGAACUCUUUGGAAAUACGUGAGCGACUGGCAGAAGUGCUUCAGAUCAUUUGAUACAGAUAGUUCGGGAAAUAUAGACAGCAAGGAAUUAAAAAAUGCCCUUAAUGCCUUUGGUUAUCGCCUUCCUGAUGAUACAGCCGAUAUGAUGGUACGGAAGUUUGAUAGAUAUGGCCAAGGGACUAUUCUCUUCGAUGAUUUCAUUCAGUGCUGUGUCACACUUUACACAUUAACAUCUGCAUUCCGUCAACAUGAUCCAAACCAAGAUGGAGUAAUAACAAUACACUAUGAACAGUUCCUACGAAUGGUAAUGAGCCUCAAAUUAUAA